AUGCCUCCUACAAACAGCUCCUCCACCACAAACUCCUACUUCCUCCUGAAUUGUUUUGUUGAGGCUGGGAGCCAUCAGUUUGGGCUCUCCAUGGUCCUGGCCCUGCUCUUUUUCGUGGCCCUGGGGGCCAAUGCUUUGCUCCUGCUGACCAUCUGGCUGGAGGAGUCUCUGCACCAGCCCAUGUACUACCUCCUCAGCAUCCUCUCCCUUCUGGACUUCGUGCUGUGUCUCACCGUCAUUCCCAAGGUCUUGGUCAUCUUCUGGUUGGGCUGGCGGUCCAUCAGCUUUGCAGGCUGCUUUUUGCAGAUGUUCAUAAUGAACAACUUCCUGGCCAUGGAGUCCUGCACCUUCAUGGUCAUGGCCUAUGACCGCUACGUGGCCAUCUGCCACCCGCUGCAGUACCCGUCCAUCAUCACUGACCAAUUUGUGGCUAAGGCGGCCGUCUUCAUUGUGGCUCGCAACACUCUCAUCAUCUUCCCACUCCCCAUCCUCUCCUCCAGGCUACACUACUGUCGAACAAAUGUCAUUGAGCACUGCCUUUGUGCCAACUUGCACGUGUCCAGGGUGUCAUGUAGUGAUAGCACCCUCUCCCGGUUGUACCAGCUCAUCGGAGGCUGGACCCUGCUGGGCUCGGACCUAAUCCUCAUCACCCUCUCCUAUGCCUUCAUCCUGCGUGCCGUGUUGCAUCUGAAGGCCGAGGGGGCAGCAGCCAAGGCCCUGAGCACCUGUGGGUCCCAUCUCAUCCUCAUCCUCUUCUUCAGCACCAUCCUGCUGGUUUUGGUCCUCACCAACGUGGUCGAGAAGAGAGUCCAUGCCGACAUCCCCAUCCUCCUCAAUGUCCUGCACAACGUCAUCCCCGCUGCCCUGAACCCCAUCGUCUAUGGGGUGCGAACUAAGGAGAUCAAGGAGGGGAUCCACAGGGUCUUGAGGAAACAACUCAAUCUCAUCCAGCCUCCCACCAGCAGAAAAGAGAAGAACACCAUCAUAAGGCCACAGAAUCUCAGGAAAACCUGGGACUGCUGCAGAAGUCCCUGUGGACAAGGGUGUGUCCUGAACUCUGGUCCCCGGUGA